GCUUGCCCCCCCUUUCUUUUUUGGUUUUGGCACUGCACUCCCUACUGAAGCGCGGACACCGAGCCCCUCGUGUGCCCCCUCCUCAGCCGAGAGUUACUCCCCUAACCUCCCCCGGCUUAGUCUCCUUGCCCUUUCCCUGCCGCAAGCAUGUCUCGCCUCGUUCCCCGCCCCGAGAACGCCCUCAAGCGUGCCAAUGAGCUCCUUGUUGUCGACAAGAAGAGCCUGGCCAUCGAGAUUCUCCAUGAGUCGCUGCUCAACCGCCGCAUCCGCGCCUGGUCCCCGGCCGUGGAGGAGGUCAUGAUGCUCUACAUCGACCUGAGCAUCGACCUGCGCGAGUCGCGCCGCACUCAGCAGCUGCGCGAUGCGCUUACCGCCUUCCGUGCCAUCUCCCAGAGCAGCAACCCCUCCUCGGUGGAGAAGGUCAUUGACCACCUGUUCGCCGGUGCCGAGAAGCGCUUCAAGGAGGCCUUCGACUCGGCCACCGCCGCGGCCAAGAAGUUCGACCAGGACCUGGACGAGGGCGACACCCCGGAGACCAUCAUGAUGGGCAUGGUCACUUCCGAGGACAACCGCGACCGUUCGGACCGCACCCUGCUCGGGCCGUCCAUUCGCUUCCUGUGGGAUGCCUACAAGAUGACCAUCGAGAUUCUGAAGAACAACUCCAAGCUCGAGUCCCUGUACCAUUCCACCGCUCGCCGGCUGUUCAAGUUCUGCCGCGAGCACGGCCGCCGCAAUGAGUUCCAGAACAUCAGCAAGAUCCUGCGCUUCCACCUGGAGGAGGCCAUGAAGCAGCUGGAUGCCUCCAAGCCCGGCAACUUCAGCAUCAACCUCAAGAGCAUCAACAGCCUGCGUCUGCAGCUGGACACUCGUCUGGAGCAGCUGGACACCGCCAUCAAGCUGGAGUCCUGGUCCACUGCCUUCAGCACGGUGGAGAACCUGCACAGCCUGCUGCCGCUGACUCGCCGGUCCUUCCGCGCCGAGUACCAGGUGGCCUACUACCGCCGUCUGGCCAGCAUCUCGCUCAUCUCCAACAACUACCUGGCCCAUGCCUUCUCCAGCUGGCGCAUCUACCAGCUGGCGGACUUCGCCACCGAGGCCGAGCGCCAGGACGCCGCCAACAAGCUGGUCCUGGCCACCCUGGCCAUCCCGGCCUCCCGCGGCAAGACCUACCACAGCGGCGGCCGCAACUUCGAGCAUGAGCAGCUCAACCGCCUGACCCUGUUGCUGAUGAGCAACCGCAAGCCCUCGCGCGCGAUGCUCCUGCGCGAGCUCAGCCAGAAUGGCGUCAUCGCCGCGGCCAUCCCCCAGGUCCAGCAGCUGUACACCCUCUUCGAGGUGGACUUCCACCCGCUGUCGAUGGCCCCGCAGUUUGCCCCGAUCUCGGCCUUCCUGGCCGAGAGCCCGGAGCUGGCUCCCUUCCUCAAGUCCCUGCAGGAGGUCCUGCUGGGUCGCCUGCUCUUCCAGCUGAGCCUGGUGUAUGACACCAUGAAGCUCUCGGCCCUGGCCGAGCUGGCUCCCUUCUUCACUGCCGACGAGAUUGAGGCCUUCCUCCUGGCCAUGUGCCGCAGCAAUGACAUCUCCCUGGCCGUGGACCAUGUGGCCCAGUCGAUUCGCUUCAAGUCCGCCGUGCGCCAGGACCUGGCUGCCAAGGGCGUCCAGGCUCACAUGCUGCAGGUUGCCCAGGACCUGGCUCCCAUCUCCGAGAAGAUCCGCCCCAGCGCCGCCACCUCCAUGGAGGACACCCGUGCGGCCUUCUUCGACCAGAUCCGCGAGAGCCUGGAGUCCGAGCACUCGACCGCCAUCAACCGCAAGGAGCAGUUCGACUACGCCAAGGACAUGCAGGAGCGCAAGGCCCGCGAGCGCAUGCUCACCGAGAGCCGCCGCCGCAUUGAGGAGAUGCGCCUGAGUGCCGAGGCCGAGCGCGUUCGUGUCAACGAGGAGUCCACUCGUCGUGAGCUGGAGCGCCUGCAGGCCGAGCGUGAUGAGGCCGUCCGCCAGUCGCGCAUUCGCCAGACCCGCGAGCUGGAGGCCCGCGCGGCCGAUCUCGGCAUCAAGCUGGACCUCGGUGACGUGGAGGACAUGUCCGCCGAGCAGAUCAUGGCUCGUCAGCUGGAGCAGCUCAACGCCGAGAAGGCCGAGAUCCACAACCGCCUGUCCAAGCUGGCCCAGCACAUCGACUACCAGGUGCGCGCCCUGCGCCUGGCCGAGGUGCCCAUCCUCAAGGAGGACUUCAAGGCCGCCGAUGCCCGGGACCUGGCCCACCACGAGGCCUACGUCCAGCGGAACACCGAGCGCGCGCGCGAGCUCCACGCCAAGGGUCUCCAGGUCAAGAGCUGGGUCCAGGUGGUGGUGUCGGAGGUCGACCACUUCAAGGCCCGGUCGGCCGCCUUCCUGGCCGAGAUCGAGCGCCAGAAGGAGGAGGAGCGCCGCAUCCAGGAGGCCGCCGCCGCCGAGCAGCGCCGUCGCCAGGAGGAGCUCCAGCAGCAGCGCCUGGCCGAGCAGCAGCGUGCCCGCGAGGCCGCCGCCGAGGCCCUCCGCAUCAAGCAGGAGGAGGAGGCCAUCCGCGCCAAGGCUCACGAGUCGCAGCAGCUCCGCACCAUGCAGUCGGAGCAGGUUCACCUGCGCAAGCUGGACACCCUGCAGCGCGAGCGCGAUGAGCUGGACAAGGCCCAGGCUAGCCUGCGCAUGGCCAGCCCCACCGGUGUGGGUGCCGCCUCCUCGGCGGCGGCGGCCGUCCCGGCCACGGGCGGCCCCAUCCGCGGCGGUGCCUUCGGUGGUGGUGCUCCCCGUUCCACCUUUGGCGGCCCCCCCUCCAGCGGUGGCUACCAGCGCCCGGGCUUCGGUGGCGAUGGCCCGCGCGGUGACUGGCGCGGUGCCCCGGGCGCCGGCCCGGCUCACUCUGCUGCCGGUGGCAGCCCGGCUCCCUUCGGUGGCCGUGGCUCUGCCCUGCCCUCGGGCGCCUCCGCCGGCGGCGGUGGCUUCCGCUCCGGCUUCGGUGGUGCUCCCCCGGCUGGCGGUGCCCCGGCCGAUGGCAGCAUGAUGCGCGGCUCGCGUGUGCCUUCCUCCUCCUCCUUCGGCGGUCCCCGGGAUGGUCCUGGUGGUGCCCCGGGCGGUGGUGCCGGUGGCUUCCGGCGCUCUGCCCCGGGUGCCGGCGGCCCGCCCGGCUCCGGCCCCAUGGCUCCCUUCUCCCGCUCGGGCGCCGGUGCCCCCAUGCGCUCUGGCGACCAGUCGCUGGCCGGUGUCUCGCCGGCUCGCUCCCCCGCCCCGGGUGGUGCUCCCCAGCCUGAUGAUGAUGGCUUCGUCCCGGUGUCCGGCUCCCGCCGUCGCCGUUAAGCCGAAGGAGCAGCCCCUCCUGCGCGCCGCCGCCCCCCCCUGAGCGGCGGCAAACGGCCAGAGGAGCAGGCGAGAAGGGGCCACCAAGACCGAUGACGGCGUGUGACUCCGUGUCCCCGUUCCCGCGUGCCGCCCUCCUUCUCCGCGCCUCCCAUGGGGGAGGGGCGAGGCCGGGGGGGGGGGGGGCGACAAGCACACGAGCCGCCCAGCUGUCGGCCCCUUCCUCUGCUCUGCGCGCCCCAUGUCCCCGCACUGGGGCGUAUCCUUUUUCCCCUCUCCCGCGCGCCCCAUGAUGAUGUGCGCAGUUCGCGACGCGGCUCGGCGGCAUGGGCCGGAGGGGGGGGGGGGAAGGUACCGGCCCUACGCGCGCGUCACAGAGCAGCCCCUCCCCCCACCCCCCUCCACAAAAUCCAAUAAACCUUGUUACCUACUA